CGGAAGCUGCUUCGCACGUGGCGGCUACGGAGGAGCUGGUUCCAGGAGUUCCUGACAUGGACGAGCAGCAGGCCCAGGAGCUGCUGGCAUUCCUGCACCCCGAGACCCGCUUGGACCUGAAAGGCCACGCCACCCAGUAUGUUAUGGGGCUUACGGGUGGUCCGGAGGGCAGGCAGCUGCUGGCCACACGGCCUGACUUCGUGGAAGCUUUGCUGGCCUUGACUGGAGAUGCCUCUGGGGCAGUAGCGAAAGACGCCUACCGUGCUGUCAUUAACCUGGCCUCGGAGCCAGGGGCCCACCAGGCCUUGAAGAAAGGGCUGCCCACCCUGCUGCAGCGUGUGCUGGACCCUGGCUACCCAUUGGCUGACCAGGCCUGUGCCGUCCUCUCCAACCUGUCUCGAGAAGAGGCCUCUUGCCGGGAUCUCUUGGUGGCUCUGCAGCAGGAGGCCGGGGGGCUCGCGGCAGUUGUGGAUGCUUUCUGCACCGAAGGGUUCAAUGCCAAGGCUUCUCUGCACUACCUGGGGCCUCUGCUGUCGAACCUGAGCCAACUCCCUCAAGCCCGAGGCUUCCUCUUGGACAGAUCCAGGUGCGUGGUGCAGAGGCUGCUGCCGUAUACCCAAUCUUCUGGCUCAUCCCUCCGCAGAGGGGGGGUGGUCGGGACGCUCCGGAACUGCUGCUUUGACUACGGGCACCACAAGUGGCUGCUGAGCGACCAAGUGGACCUGCUGCCCUUCCUGCUGCUCCCCCUGGCUGGCCCCGAGGAGUUUCCAGAGGACGAGAUGGAAAGACUGCCCUUGGACUUGCAGUACUUGCCACCAGAGAAGCAGCGGGAGCCGGACCCUGACAUCCGGAAGAUGCUCCUAGAGACCGUCCUGCUGCUCACAGCUACGAAGCCGGGGCGGCAGCUGGUACGAGAAAGGGGCGCCUAUUUUAUCCUACGGGAGCUGCACAAAUGGGAAGCAGACCCAGGUGUCCUGGCAGCCUGUGAAAAGUUGAUACUGGUGCUGAUUGGCGAGGAGCCAGGCCCUGGGAUGGAAAACCUGUUGGAGGUGGAGGUCCCUGCAGAAGUCGAGGAGCAGCUGCAGCGCCUGGAUCGGGAAGAGGAGGAGCGCCAGCAGGCUGCCUCUGGCAGCGAUGACAGGCAGGCGGUCUGAGCCCUGGAGCCCAGAAGCCCUGGGCAUGCCUGCCUCCCCGCUGGCUUGGUGGCCAGGCUGACUGGACCACAACAACUUGCCCUUUUGUGUCAGUUGUCCCUUGGGAGGAAUGCCCACCUGGCACCUGCUCAGCAGCCGUGGACUGCAGAGAUCUUUGUUGCUGAGCAGAACCUGCAGCCGAGGCUUUCCUUUUCAGCAGCUGCAAGCAAGCAGAGGUCCCCCCCCCCCCCCGAGAGAAAGCAGCAUCAGCAGGCAGCCCCACCGCAUUCCCGCAGCACUGAAGGACCUUGGCUCCUGCCUGGAUCUUGUCUGGGAGGUCCCUGCCAUCCGAGUGGCAGGUGGAAAGGACACCUUGUAGCUGGAUCUCCUGGCCGGGCCCAGGACCCCAUGGCCCCCUCCCAGCUGAAUGUGCGCUGGAACAUCUGCAAUACUAGUGCUAAAAUGGGGGGGGGGGAGUGGAGCAGUACGGAGAAGAGGGAAGUGCAGACUUGGGCUGUGUGGGGCUGUUCUCGACACUUCUCAGAGGUGACAGGCUGUGGAUUACUAGCCGGCUUUGGGAACGGGUUGGGUGCAUAGCAGGGGAAUUGAGCUCCUUUCGACCCUGCCUGGUGGGCAGCCCCAUGACGGAGAACUGGAUACACGUGUGGGUGAUCCGAGGGGCACUGCCCUUGAUUCUGCAAAGGAAACAGGGAAGAAUGAGGGACUGGGAAUGCCAAAGCCAUAACCGGAAGGCCUUGGGGGAAGGCGGCGGCACUCCAGUCCAUUUUGCAUUGGUCAGUGCCCGAGACAGAGAGCGCGAGGCCCCGGGGAAAGGCUGUGCUGAGCAGAGUCCUUUGUCAUGACAAGGGGGUUGAAAACGGCACCAUCAGGCCGUGGAAGCCGGGCACUUGGGCGAGCCUCCUAAAUGAACGCCUGAGGAAAACUGCAUGUUUGUGUGCCUGUGUUUGUGUGUGAGAGAGAGAGAGAGAGAGGAAGAAAGAAAGAAAAAGAAAGAGCAUUGAGCUGUGGCCAAGAGGAGCAAUGUGAAAUUUGGGGUUUGUUAGGAUGAAGAGGACACCAAAAGAAAUAGUUUUUCUGCUGCGGAUUAGGGAAUGGGGCAGAUAGAAGACUGAAAGAAAUCUUUGGGGGAUGGCAGAAUCGGGAGGAGGGGUGCAGGCAGAGUCAGCAUCCAGCCAAGUCUCAGCAAGAGGUGGACAAUAAAAGAAAUCAACACUGAACUUUGCUUCAGGGUCUGAUGUGGCUGUGGUGGGGCCCCUGCAGUGAUCGGUUCCCCCCCCCUCCUCCAGAGCUGGACUAAGCCAGGCGGCUGGCGUGGUGCCAAGGCCCUUUGGGUGGCGAGGCAGAGCGUGCCGGUG